UUGAUAUUUGCAGCCAUGGGAUCAAAGCAGGUGCUAAUUAAGCGUUUGGCAGUGGUUGUUGCGUUUGUAUGUUUCUGGGAUGCUGUGUUGUCAGCUCCUUGGGCUCAUGCAGCUCUGAACCCCAGGCCUUCCAAAAGUCUGCAGUGCUGCAACCCAGGGGUUUCCAGAACCAGAGAUCUGCAGUGCUGCAACCCAGGAAGCAGGAUUCAGUGUUCCAGUCAAAGCAAGGCUUCGAAACUGUCCCUGUCAACACGGUGGGGGUCAAAUGUGGGGAGAAUCUGGUCCAGGUGGAGGUCAAGCAGGAUCUGUUUGGUAUUGGGCAACUCAUCCAGCCGGCGCAUCUCACCCUGGGGGGCUGUGCUGCAGUUGGGGAGGAUGUCGAAGCCCAAAGGCUGAUCUUUGAGUCUGAGCUGCAGGGAUGCGGCAGCAAACUGGAGAUGGUAGAGGAUGCCUUCAUCUAUACCUUCUACCUGCUCUACAAACCAAGCAAUAUUGCCAACACCCCUGUUGUAAGGACCACUGAGGCUGAGGUAGGCAUUGAGUGCCACUAUUGCAGGAAACUCAAUGUGAGCAGCAAUGCCUUGAAGCCUACCUGGACCUUCUUUGCAGACUCUAAAUUAGUUGAGGAGCAACUCUACUUUUCUCUCAAGCUCAUGACUGAUGACUGGCAGAUUGAGAGGGCCUCCAGUCAGUACUUCCUAGGUGACCUGAUUCGCAUGGAAGCCUCUAUCCUGCAGUACCACCACGUGCCUCUGCGGGUUUUUGUGGAAAGCUGUGUUGCCACGCUGGUGCCUGACAUUAACUCUAAGCCCAGAUACUCAUUCAUUGAGAAUGACGGGUGUCUAGUUGAUGCUGCGUUGAUGGGCACUAGUUCCCAGUUCCUGCCUCGCUCACAGGACCACAAGCUUCAGAUCCAGCUGGAGACCUUCAUAUUCAAACAGCAGUAUGCUGGCCCUGGAAGCAACAGCAAAACUAGCCAGAAAGAAAUGGACCUGAUCUACAUAACCUGCCACCACCUGAAGGCCACUGCAGCUUCCUCCCCAACUUAUGCUGAGGGCAAGGCCUGUUCCUUUGUCAAUGGGUGGUGGUCUGCAGAUGGGGAUGACCAGGUGUGUGGUUGCUGUGACACCACCUGUACCAUGAGAAGGGCCAGGGCUAUUUCCAUCCACGCUGUGGGAAGCUGUCCUUGGCCCUAUAUCCAUCCAGUAGUGUUGACGUGAUCUACCUGAAUCAUGACAUUAAAUAGGCUAUAGAGAAAAGAACAACUUUUCAACUGGUUAUGUGCUGUAUACUUCUCUUGGUUUGCCAGUACAGGAGACUAUGUUUGGUCUCUGUAGUAUCAUUAUAGACCACGUUCACACUGGGUUUCUUGGAUACUCAACUGGGGUUUGGUUAAAUUGACAUCAACUUUCCUGUUGAAGAAAAGUGACACUUAAGAGUUAGUUUAAAAGGUAGGGUUGUCUAUGCUCUUGAUAAGGAACCUUGUUUUAAUGCCCAUGUGACUACAAAUACUUUUUCUCUAUUGCUUGUAUGGGAAGACACCGUCCUGCCAGAAAUGGUUCAAUAAACCAACAGUAGGUGGCCUCCACUCAUUGCUGUUCUGGUACUUUAAUCUCAUCAGCACUAUACCAGUAACUUUGCAUGGCUGCAUUUUUAAACAGUCAGAAUGGGUACUAGGACAUGUAAUUUCUGAAACACCUCUAAUAAGACCACCAUGUUGGAGAGAAGGUAAUUAUCUUCACCUCUCCUCAUUCAUGCAAGUGUAAU